AUGUCAACCGCUGCGCUAUACGAUGCUGCGUCUCCGCUAGAGCGCACGUCCAACGAGCUCCCGGAUCCCUACAACGAACACGUCUUCCACGAGCUGGAGAGCAGAGCGCAGAGCAUACCUGCUCCACAUCACGGUCUCCAAGGAAGAAGAGGUCACCUGCAGCACGGAGUUCCAGUUGAGCGGACAGCAGGUGGCACAGGACGAGGUUGCACAGAUGGACUACGAGAGUCAGAGGAAAAGCUUGGAAGUGCGUCCUCGAAGACGCCUCGGAAACGCAAGAAGGACCGAUACUCCGGCAGAGUCAUCGCACCCUGCAAGCCCUCCGAUGCUGGAGCAAUUACCACCGCGCUUCCUGCACGACCCGUCCAAUGCCUGUUUCGUGGACCCAGUCCCACCAAGACGGCACCCUAUGGGCGCCAUCCACCGCUCUCGAUUGGUUCUUUUGGGUGCAUUGCCAAUGGUUACACAUGGAUGGAAUGGAGCGCGCCACGUAUGAUUCGGAUGUCUUCUUCUUCUGGAGAGAAUGCCGAGCAGGCCCGAUGCAUCUACCGCCCGGCACUCAAGACGGAGGGUCCCUGCUUGAGCAGGAGCUAUCUCGUCCCCAAAGCUGCGGAAAGGACAGUGAGACUGACCUGGAAGGCAUAG